AUGACCGUAGUCUCUCGAGAUGAAUCAUUACCGCCGAACGAGGACGUCGGUCCAAUCUCCUUUUCCCUCGCCCUCGCCCUGACAAUCUUCCUCGUCAUCACGACCGGCCUCCGACUAUGGGUGCGAGUAGCGAACCGGAAGCUCGGAUGGGACGACUUGACUAUCGCUCUCGCAGGCGCAACGGCAGUUGUACGGUUCGCCUUCGUCGUCUUACAAUGGAAACACGGAAAUGGCAAACACCGAGUCUAUCUCAGCAACCAUGACUACAUGAUGAUCAACAUGUACGGCUGGUGGGGACAAAUGCUGCUCUUCAUCUCUGUGGCGUUUCUGAAGGUGUCAAUGUGUCUCUUGAUCCUUCGCAUCAAAGAUACCAAGGUGCUCAAGCGCUUGCUGCAUGUCAUCAUGGCUGGUGUCCUCAUUACGAAUUUCGGGGUCGUGAUCAUUUUGAUAGCCGAGUGUCAGCCCGUCGGCUUCUGGAGGGGCAAGUCAGCCGUGUGUUGGCCAACACACAUCCGCAUAUAUUUCAUCUAUGCGACGAUUGGUAUGAUCAAAAUAUUCCGGAAGCCUCGGGGUCUCGUCAUUGAUUAG